GAUUCGCUCGUUUCGAAAAGGGAGGAAGAGCAGUCACGUUGUGUUGUGUGAAAUAAAAGCGGUCGCAUCAGCAGUUUUUGUUUCUGUAAACACGGUGCAGGGCGCUGUGGGAACUUCGCGCUCGGCUCAUCAUUGUCUGCGCGCAGUCGCCGCUCGUUUCUGUCCUCCGAGCGCAGGACGAGAGUCGCCUGCUGCAUCGACCUGCUCGCCGCCAAUCCUCCUCUCUUCUUCCACACACUCGCUCCACGGCUCUCGGGCCGGGAAACUAUACUUAAAAAUCCAUACUUUUCUUCCUUCCAGAAAAAUGGCCGCAACGACGCUGGAAAUGGACGGAAGCGUAAUGGAGGGGGGCGGUCAGAUACUGCGGGUGUCCGCGGCGCUCAGCUGCAUCCACGGUUCGCCCAUCAAGAUCAACAAGAUCCGAGCGGGGAGAAGCACACCGGGGCUCAGGCCUCAGCAUCUGUCGGGUCUGGAGCUGCUCAGGGACAUGAGUGACGGCAAUCUGGAGGGGGCCCUCGUGGGCUCCACGGAAAUCACGCUGACCCCCGGCAAAAUCAAGGGUGGCAGUCACCUGGCAGACACCCAUACUGCGGGGAGCGUGGGGCUGCUUCUACAGGUGUCCCUUCCCUGCACGCUCUUUGCUGAUGGACCCUCGGAGCUUUGUCUGAAGGGGGGCACCAAUGCUGAGAUGGCCCCGCAGAUUGACUACACCCUCAAGGUGUUCAAGCCAAUCGUGGAGAAAUUUGGGGUCCACUUCGAUUGUGAUCUGAAAAUGAGGGGAUACUACCCCAAAGGAGGAGGUGAGGUGGUGGUGAAGGUGAACCCAGUGAAGGAGCUCAGUCCUGUUACUAUGAUGGAGAGAGGAAACAUCACAAAGAUCUAUGGCAGGGCCUUUGUUGCUGGUGUUCUGCCCUUUAAGCUGGCAAAAGACAUGUUAACAGCAGCAGUGCGAACCAUAAGGAAGGAGAUAAAGGACCUGUACGUCAAUAUCCAGGCACUACAGGAGAAGGACAAGGCCUGUGGCAAUGGCAACGGCAUCAUCAUCAUUGCAGAAUCCUCCACCGGCUGUAUAUUUGCAGGCUCUUCGCUUGGUAAAAAAGGUGUGUAUGCAGACAAAGUGGGUGUGGAAGCUGCAGAGAUGCUGCUGAGGAACAUCCGACAUAAUGGCUGCGUGGACGAAUUCCUGCAGGACCAGCUCAUUAUCUUCAUGGCACUGGUGAAGGGCACAUCUAGGAUUCGGACUGGUCCGCUCACCUUACACACGCAAACUGCCAUCCAUGUGGCUGAACAGCUGACGAAGGCAAAGUUCUCCGUGACCAAGGCUGAAGAUGAGCACUCCACAGGUGAAACCUACAUCAUCGAGUGCCAAGGUGCUGGAGCCACUAACCCCAACUUCUAGCUGCAUGUUUGCUUAGCCAUUGGCUUGACCUCCAACUGUUCUGCAGUCUCACAUCAGCUUGAAGAUUGGAGGACUAGCUGAGAUACUACUGUGCUUUUGGUUUGUUGGUUGCAGUUUCAUGAACUGAAGUUGUCCCCAAUGAAGUGAUUCUUGAAUGAACAUCCUUGAAAACCUGUCUCCAAGACCCCGCCCCCUCACCCUUAUACUCCUAUUCACGUUCGUUCCCUUACCUUCUGUUACUCAGGGUAUUGCCUUACACUGUAAUAAAUCCGUUUUGAUUUCACUUUUGUUCCAUCUCUAACCAAAUAUGAGAUGUAACCGAUAAUCCAUAAUUGGGAAAGGUGAUUGUGUCAAUUUUCCUACAGCUCCUUUACAAUUUUGUAGAAAUUUUCGCUUUUUUGUAUAAUACCACAUUGGAGCUAAGUGCACUACUUUAACAUGCAAAAUUUGUCACGUUUCAUAAAAAGGCAACAUCAUGCUAGAAAUACAAAGUUACAGUGAGCUGGUUUAUGUCUGACUGAUUUAAAUUAUUGUUUUUUGUUUUUGAGGUUUUCUUCGGGUUAUCUAUAUAUUUAAUUUUUUCAAAUCACCUAGCUGUUUUAGAUUCUUUGCAGAAAGUGCAUUGUGAGGAUUAUGUCAGCAGUUUCAAUCUGGGCAAAGUUAAUCCCCUGGAAAGGCAAAAUCCAGGUUCUCAUUUACCUGUUUAAGUUUUUUCAUGCUUCUGUGGUGUUGAGGGGAGCAGAUGUAAAUGAUUUAUUGAGAAGUGACAUUUUCAGUUUCUGUUUGUUUUGCUCAGAAAGAGUAAAUCUGUAGCAUAAUGUAAUAAGAUGUUGACGAAUGUGAAAGAAAAACACUCUGCUUGUGUGGUUGGAAUAAGACAGCUGACUGCCUUUGCUGAAAUUUAAGCUGCACUUCGUAACCAAUUUUGUUAAAGAUUCCUCACUGCUGAUGUUGGAGGUCUUCGUGGCAGAAGUUGGUUUGUCAUUGCCAUUUUUGCGGUGAGGUUCUUGGGUUGCUUCACCCCGUCUGUCUGAUUGUACAACGUGGUACUGUUUAUACCCUUUUCAUCAUGUUGCCCACUGGCCUAAUCUGACUAGCGUCCUGUGAUCACACCAGGCCUCACCGGCGUCAUUCACUUGAGCGUUUGGUGUGAUUUCCAGCACUUUUCCGGUCAGUUCCUUUUUAAUGGUACUUAGUGUCUCGAGGGUCUGGGCUGAGCAGAAAUAGCCUACCGGAUGUGACUAGCAGCGUAGCGUAGCAGUCCUUGAAAGCUUGCACAACUCCUGACCCCAGGGCCAUUGCCACCUCCUUUGUUUGACUGUGGUAAAAAGGCUAUCAGCUAGGUAACCCUGGUGGUCCUUAUGUGGCCUCUCCAGGGACAGAUGGUAUAGGUCCUUUUCUCAUUCAUUGUAUCCUUUCUCCUAACCUCUUUUUAGCUUAGCAGAUGUAGGGACAAAAAGAUGGUGGGUGAAUUUGUCUGGAUAUAACUGGCCUGGGGAUGGCGGAGUUAUAUAGGUAUUCAAGUGACUUUUUUUUUUUUUUUUUUUUUUUUUUCUCGACUAGCGGAAGUGGGUGUGACUGCUGGCUUUACGGUUUCCUGUCAUUCUACAAGCAGUCUGUCCUGUGCAUCUGUUGUGUUGCUGCAGGUACUUAGACUGGGUUCCAAUAAAUAAAAUCAUGAGUCAUCCUAAAAAUGUUCACAAAAUGGUGUGUUUUCAGUUGUGUGCACUGGCUAGGGAUUUCAGAUGUGCGCAGUGUAGGGGGUUCUCAGAAGUACUGACAGUUGCCCUUCCUUGUAAGUUUGGUUUGCAUUAAAGUUUAAAUGAUGCGUUACUGAA